GUGUUUGCAGCAUGAUUUCAACUAGUUGUUUAUAGUAAUUUGUUUAUUAUUGCGUGUUAUAACAUCUACUUAAUAAGAUUGAUAUCUAGGUGACUUCGUGAUGGAUGACACAAUUUUAAAUUUGAAGACAAAGCUCUUGGAAAAAGAGAGGGAGGUUGCAGAUUUGAAGAGGAAACUUAACCAAAUGGAAAAGGGAAACUCAAUGUUAAUGGAGUUACAGGAGGAAGUCACUGAUCUUUCACCACUGAAAUCAAAUGCGACAUUGAGCAAUGAUGACAUAAUGAGAUACAGCAGACAGCUGCUCCUACCGGAACUGGCCGUUAAAGGACAAGUUGCCCUGUCUAAUACAUCUGUUCUGGUUGUUGGAUGUGGAGGUUUAGGUUGUCCUCUUGCACAGUAUCUUGCUGCAGCUGGAAUAGGGCGUUUGGGUCUGUUGGACUAUGAUUUGGUGGAACUGAGUAACCUUCACAGACAGGUGCUUCACACAGAACUGACUCAAGGUCAGUCGAAAGCUCUGUCUGCCUCCAAGGCCAUCAGCAGGUUGAACUCUACGGUUGAGUGUGUUCCAUAUCACCUCCAGCUGUCCAGAGAGAACGCCAUACAACUCAUUCAACAGUAUGACAUUGUAGCAGACUGUUCAGACAAUGUUCCCACAAGGUACCUUGUAAAUGAUGCCUGUGUUCUAUCCGGCAAGCCUUUAGUGUCAGCGAGUGCUUUACGAAUGGAAGGACAGCUCACAGUAUACAACUAUAGAGGUGGGCCAUGUUACAGGUGUUUAUACCCAAAGCCACCUUCUCCUGAGACUGUGACAAACUGCUCUGAUGGAGGGGUUCUGGGAGUGGUGCCUGGGAUAAUGGGCUGUCUUCAAGCAUUAGAAGUUCUGAAAAUUGCAUCCGGUCAAGUAUCCUCAUUUGAGAAGAAGCUGUUGAUGUUUGAUGGUCAGGAGGGGCAGUUCCGCUCCAUACGGCUGCGGCCCAAACAGACUGAGUGUGCUGUGUGUGGAGAGACACCCACCGUGACGGAACUGCAGGACUAUGAGGAGUUCUGUGGUUCUGCUGCUACUGAUAAGUGUCGGAGACUCAAUCUUCUAACCAAAGAACAGAGAGUCUCUGUGCAGGAGUAUAAAGUGAUUCUGGACAGCUCAACUCCUCAUCUUCUCCUUGACGUUCGGCCCAAAGUCGAAGUGGACAUUUGCCAUCUGUCAACCUCAAUCAACAUUCCACUUGCUAGUUUAGAGAACAAGAAAAAUGAGGACAUCACAUUUUUAAAGGAUAAAAUUUGUGAACUCAAACAAAAGAUGAACAUCGCAUCACAACUCAAAGUGUUUGUGGUGUGCAAACUUGGCAAUGACUCACAGAGGGCGGUUUUGCUCCUGGAGAAGAUGUCUGGACUUGAGAUCGAGCAGAUCACUGCGAAGGACAUCACAGGAGGAUUGAUGGCCUGGGCUAACAAAAUAGACCCCACUUUUCCUCAAUAUUGACUCAUUCUGUUUAUUAAUUACAUAAAUGGAAACAGUAAAGUUGCUGUUUCAUUACUAUGCCAUUGCAUGAUGUUGGGUUUAUUACGAGUUAUUUUUAAUUUGAGGUGUUUUAAAUGACACCUUCACUACUUCCUUUCAUGUUGUUGUUCAGAAGUAUCAACUAAUGUGUUAAUAAUCAAUCAUAUUUCUUUUUUUAUUAUUAUUAUCUUCUGACUGUACCAUUUUUAUACUAGUCUUCUCAAAUAAAU